CAAGCAUACAUGUAAUGUAAACACUCUUCAAAUAUACAAAAGAUGUUGAAUUUUGUUUUGGAAGAAAGGGCGAAGGAAGUCAAGAGUUCACUACUUGUGAUGACCCCGUGUUUCGUGUCUCUUCUACUUCUCCCUAUUCAUUAAAUUCAACGAACUCCGUUUAAUUUAAUGGCUGUUGAUCCGAUCCCAUUUAUCCCACCAGAUUUUCACGCGGUUUCAUCACACCACCGCCGCCGCCGCCGCCGAUUGCUUGAUUGAAAAACUGAUUGUUGAAACCCUAAUUUUCUCGAUACAGGUGUACGCAAUGGGAGCGGUUUGUUCCGGCGGAGGAGUUCGGAAGAAGAAAACUGGGGAAUCAAUUGGCGCCGAGCACGUUAAAAACUCAUCAGGAUUUUCAGGGAAGCUGAGAUCCAUCGGGAGUUACGGGAAGAAGAACGAUGCGUCACUUGCGUAUGCUGAAGAAAUUAAAGGUUUCGAAAAUAUUUCCCGGAAUUUACACGAUUCCGGCGAGCUGCACUAUUUGUCCAUUUCCCGGGAAUUGAAGCCAUCAACGCCGGCCAGAACGCCGCCCGCCAAGGCACCUCAAGGGGCUUCGUUUCUCGGGAAGGCGGGGAUCGUCGGGCUAGAGAAAGCCGUGGAAGUUCUUGAUACGCUAGGCAGCAGCAUGACGAAUUUAAACUCCGGCGGAUUCACCACCGGCGUGACUUCCAGGGGAAACCGAGUAUCCAUACUAGCUUUCGAGGUUGCGAAUACCAUAGCCAAAGGUGCAAACCUGGUACAAUCCUUGUCCAAGGAAAAUGUCAAGUUUCUCAAGAAGGAAAUUCUUAAUUCCGAAGGCGUGCGCCAGCUGGUCUCCACGGACAUGAAUGAGCUUCUCCGGAUUGCGGCUGCUGACAAAAGGGAAGAAUUCAAUGUCUUCUCUGCGGAGGUUAUCAGAUUCGGGAAUCUAUGUAAAGACCCUCAAUGGCACCAUCUGGACAGAUAUUUUGAUAAAUUGGAUUCAGAUCCCGACGCACAUAGGCAAUCGAGAGAAGCCUCGCAGAUGACAAUGCAAGAACUGACCGCAUUAGCUCAACAUACCUCGGAAUUGUACCAUGAGCUGCAUGCGCUAGAUAGAUUCAAUCAAGAUUAUCAACGGAAGCUAGAAGAAGUUGAUUCAUUGCACCUUCCUCGAAGAGGAGAGGGUCUUGCAAUGCUACAUAGCGAGCUGAAACAUCAACGUAAACUUGUGAGGAACUUGAAAAAGAAAUCCCUAUGGUCAAAAAGUUUGGAGCAGGUUGUUGAAAAGCUUGUCGAUGUCGUUACUUUCAUACAUCAAGAAAUUUCAGAAGCGUUUGGAGACAAUGGGUUGCCAUCAACUGUAAAGGCUUCGACUACUAAACCAGAAAGACUCGGCACAGCAGGUCUCGCUCUGCAUUACGCUAACAUAAUUACUCAAAUCGACAACAUUGCCUCCCGCCCCACAUCCCUUCCUCCCAAUGUGAGAGAUACACUGUACAACGGUUUGCCACCAAUGGUUAAGAUUGCCCUCCGCACCCGACUCCAGAUUGACACUAACGAAGAGAUGACUGUCUCCCAAAUCAAAGCUGAGAUGGAAAAAUCUCUCCACUGGCUCGUUCCAGUCGCAACGGAUACAACCAGGGCUCAUCAAGGAUUCGGAUGGGUCGGAGAGUGGGCCAACACUGGCAACGAACUCGGGACAAAACCUGCGGCAUCAAACUCCCUGAUCCGACUGCAGACGCUCUACCACGCCGACAAGCAGAAGGUGGAGUCGAGCAUUCUCGACCUGGUAACGUGGCUGCACCGCCUCAUCAGCCUCGUAAGAGACAACGGGCUCAGGGCUGCGCCAUUGCGCCCUACCAAUACGGUCGUGAAUUCCCAUACCUCGACGAGCUAUGCCAGGACAGGUCGAAUCCAGCUGUCGAUGGAGGACCGGAUCCUUCUGGAAGACGUGACGAAUCGGCGGAAACUCGUGCCGGGAUUGAGCAAGAGCCAGGAGUUCGUUGUGGCGGCGAAAAAUACGAAGAGCAAAGUUUGGGCAUUGAGCAGAAGUACAGGAAGCUCCCCGAGAAGAAGCGUGAGGAAUGAAAAGGUUAGUAAUGUGUUGGAUGUAUUGGACGGCCUGGAUUCGUCCUUCUCGGUUCCAUCCGACGGCCAGAGAUGAAGAAUGUAGUUCAUUCUUUUAUUUGAUUCUGUGGUAAUUAAAUGUUUGUGUGUUGGAUGGAUCGGAUGAAUGUUUUUGUAAGAUAUUCUGUUGUAUGUAUAAAGAUUGAUUUGAAUUAUUAGUAACGAAAAUUCUAAUAAUAUUUACCCAAAAUUUUACAAAUUA